AUGCCCUCGCGCCGGGACCAAGCCACGCCAUGGCAGCGGCUCCGCUCGCGCGUGUUUCGCGUGCAGGAGGUCAGCACGCUCUUCGCCAGCUCAGAUGCUGCUCAAAUCGACACGUGGCACUCGCCGCGAUCCCCGGAUCCCGGGUCGACGGUUAAGGACAGGGACGGUAGGACCGGGAAAGCGGAGAGCACGGAGGCGGCGGAAUGGGGUGGCAGCGGUGGCGGAGAAGCGACGCUGAAGCGGUCGCUGGGAUGGGCGGAUACGAUCUCGCUGGGAGUCGCCAGCAUCAUUGGCGCGGGCGUAUUUGUCAUCGCAGGGGUGGCGGCUCGAGACCACGCCGGCCCCUCGGUCAUCCUCUCCUACCUCCUCUCUGCCACGUCAGCACUCCUCUCCGCCCUCUGCUACACCGAGUUUGCCGUCCACCUGCCCGUAGCGGGCGGCGCCUUCUCCUACCUCAUGGUCACGCUGGGCGAGCUCCCAGCCUUCAUCACAGUAGCGAAUCUCCUUAUGGAGUACAUUCUCUCCAACGCCGCUGCUGCCCGCGGCCUCUCAGCCUACUUCGCAGGGUUCCUCGGGCAGGACCCGGAAUUUUUCCGGCUGCCCGUGCCAGCAUGGGGAAUCACCCUGGAUUUCGUUGCACUGGGGCUUAUCCUGUCCCUGUCCGUGCUGGUAGCAUAUGGCACCCAGGAAUCCUCUUACUUCAACUUCCUAGCCUCCGGUCUCAGCAUGCUUGCCAUUGUCAUUAUCAUCAUAGCUGGCUUCACAGCAGGCAGCCUGGAAAACGUCACCACCUCCUUUGCUCCCUUCGGCCUGCAAGGCAUGCUGGAUGCAGCCGCGCUUGUCUACUUCUGCUUUAUCGGCUUCGACGCGGUUACCACUCUCGCAGAGGAAGUCGCGAAUCCGGCCGUCGAUCUCCCAAUAGGGAUUGUGGGAUCGGUGGCUGUGGUGGCUCUGAUCUAUGGCUUCAUGGCGCUCUCGCUCUGCCUACUCGUGCCCUACACUCAGAUCGACGCCGAUGCUCCCUUCUCCUCUGCAUUGCGCCACCUGGCAGGAUGGGGUUGGGCGGCAGGGGCGGUGGCAGCAGGGGCGCUGCUAGCCAUAGUGACUGCAGUGCUGGUGGGGCUGAUGGGUCAGGCUCGGAUCGUGCUGGUGGUGGCUCGGGCCGAGCUUCUGCCGAAGCAGUUCGCAUCGGUGUCACCUGUGACACGCACGCCUCUCUUUGCCACGGUUGUUCUUGCAUUGGUCAAUGCACCAGUCACCUCAACUCCUUCCUGUCCCUUUUCCGCUCCCCCUGUACCGCCCCUCCCUGGCAGGUGUGGCGACAGGUGUGAUGGCGCUACUGGUGGAUCUGGAGACGCUAGCGAGUAUGGUGUCCAUCGGCACGCUGCUCAUCUUCCUCAUGGUCGCCCUCGCCCUCCUGCUGCACCGCUACCACCCCCGCGCCACCCUGCCCCGCCACUCGCUCCCAUUCCUGCCGCUGCUUCUGCUGCACACGCAGCAGCAUCAGAAGGAGCAGGAGUGGGGAGAAACGCAGCAGAAGCAGCAGGAGAUGAUGAAACCCCUUUGAUGGCAAGCGAAUGUCACCCCCGACCUUAUGAGGUCAACCCACCUGCUGUGCUCUCCCCUCGAAAACAUCAAGUGCAAGCUGCACGGCAGCAGAGCGAGAAUGGACAACCCACUGAGGGAACGCCCAAGGGACGGCAAAAACAGAAGCAGGGCGGCGGGGAGGGCAUGGGGGUGGUGCUGAUGCAUCUGGGUGUGAUGGUGGCAGGGGCAGCAGGCGUGGCAGUAGCGUUCAGAGUGCUCCCGGGCCACACUGCACCCGCGCUGCUCUCCGCCGCCCUCUGGGCUGCUGCUACCGCCUCCCUUGCCGUGCGUCCUUUGCUCUCAGUCCCUCUGCCCUGA